AUGUCAAGUGAGAAGAACCAAGGGCUUCGUGACAACGUCCUAUGUACUGCUGUGCUUGAGAAUCAACUUGUGCAGACGGCUUCUCAGGCUCGUCGCCAGAUUCUCCGUGGCACAUCUUAUGCCACCCAAGCUCAGGGCACGCUGGCAGCCGAAGCCAACGAAAGUAGAUUCAAGGAAAUUGGGUUGUUCAAGCAUGGUCCAGCAAGGACCCGGAAACUAAGACAAGCCGGUCUGCAACAGGCGUGCCUGGGCGUUGGAGCCCUGCAGAAUUUGCGAUGCACCUAUAUCGAUGACUCGAAACCGCCUUGGAGAGAGUUGCGCCGGAGCGUGUCAAGUGAGAAGAACCAAGGGCUUCGUGACAACGUCCUAUGUACUGCUGUGCUUGAGAAUCAACUUGUGCAGACGGCUUCUCAGGCUCGUCGCCAGAUUCUCCGUGGCACAUCUUAUGCCACCCAAGUUCAGGGCACGCUGGCAGCCGAAGCCAACGAAAGUAGAUUCAAGGAAACUGGGUUGUUCAAGCAUGGUCCAGCAAGGAUCCGGAAACUAAGAGAAGCAGCCUUGCGUUGCAGAGCGGCGUGCCUAGGCGUCCGCUUCCUGCUUUUGCGAUGCAUCUAUAUCGGCGACUUGAGUCUGGCCACAGCGCAGAAGACCCGAGCCCAUGCUAGGCUCGUGCUGUGUUCGCACGCCCCCAGAGGAGAUGCUUGCAUCCACGUGCCGGCGCGGCAGAAUGUCAAGUGCCAUGGCACGAUCUCAGAGGGUGCAUUGAGUACGCGUGCCACGACAGCGUCUGAUCAUCGCUGCGCCUGCGGCCGAGUGACAGACGAUGCCGCGAUGUGCCGGGUGAAUCAUGUUGCCCUGCCUCAUCGCUGA